AUGGGUGUGGUACGAACAAAAACCAUCAAGAACAAGCACGCGGGCGGCGGCGCCUCGAGCAAGUCCUCCAAGGACGUCGCCCCAAAGUCCAAGAAGCCCAAGGGCACGCCGCCGUCCAAGCAGGUCAAGGACAAGGGUCGCGAGGCGCUCCUCCGAAAGCUCAAGAACCCCAAGAAGCGCACCUACACCGAUGAGCAGCUCGGCAUCCCCACGCUCAACAAGAUCACCCCCGUGGGCGUCGUCAAGCCCAGGGGCAAGAAGAAGGGCAAGGUCUUUGUCGAUGACAGGGAGAGCAUGAGCACGAUUCUAUCCCUCGUCCAGGCGGAGAAGAACGGCCAGAUCGAGUCCAAGAUGAUCAAGGCGCGACAGAUGGAGGAGAUCCGCGAGGCGCGCAAGGUCGAGCAGGAGAAGAAGGAGCAGGAAAAGAAGAACAAGCUCGAAGACGCCAAGGACGCCCUCCGAAAGAAGCGAAAGCGCAAGAGCGCCGGCGACGAGGAGAACCUCAAGGAGUACACCUCUGCAGGCACCAAGGCGGGCAAGGCCAAGAGCAAGAAGCGGGUUUCUUUCGCAUAA